UGGUCACUCCUCACUGUGUCCCCUCAGCUCCUAUCUCUGUAUGGCCUGGUUUUUCCUAGGUUAUGAUUAUAGAGUGAGGAUUAUUAUAAUAUUGGAAUAAAGAGUAAUUGCUACCAACUAAUGAUUAUUGAUAUUCAUAUAUAAUCAUAUCUAAGAUCUAUAUCUGGUAUAACUAUUCUUGUUUUAUAUUUUAUUAUACUGGAACAGCUCGUGUCCUCGGUCUCUUGCAUCAGCGCCUGGGUGGCUUGCCGCCCACACCAGCCACCAGAAGCUCCCCAGCCCCGGCCCAGCAGCUGGUCUGGGGAGCGAGGAGAGCGCAGUCUGGGCUCGCGGUUCCGGCUGGGGGCCGGGCUCCCCGGGGCCACCACGGCAGGCCCAGAUGGGGACUCCGGUUCCAACUCUCCUGGCCCAGAGGCUCUAGGGUGGUCUUGUCUGUCUCACUCCGGGGGCAGAGAGGACGCAGACAGACCCCAGCGCCACUGCUCGGCCGCGAUGGUGCCUUAGACCCAGGUCCUGUGGGCUCUGGCCCGAGACCCCUCCCUCUGGGAAGGCCGGUGACCGGGACAGUCCACCUCGCAGGCGCGCCGGCGCGGAGCCCGGACCUCAGCCCGCAAUGACUCAGCAAGGGCCGGUGGGAUUCUACAUGGUCCUGCGAUAUCCAGGCGAUGGAGUCUCGCCUCUAAGGUGGCCCGGGGAGCAGGAAGGUACGAGCCUCAGCUGAGCGAAACCCUCCUUGCAGCCACCACGGAGGGACGGGGCGCGUCUCCUUCUGAAUGACGCAAGGGGCGGGGAAGGCGCGAGGCGCGCCGCGAUCGGGGACUGUCCUAAGACGGGCGGGGCGCGCUGCGCUCGGGACUGUCAUAAAAGGGGUGGGAUGCGCCGCGGUCGGGAUGACGUGAGCUGGGGGCGCUCGUCGCUGCAGCCGGCGGCUAGCGGGCAUCCGCGCCAUGGAGCGCUACGCGGGCGCCUUGGAGGAGGUGGCGGACGGUGCCCGGCAGCAGGAGCGACACUACCAGCUGCUGUCGGCGUUACAGAGCCUGGUGAAGGAGUUGCCCAGGUACGCGGGCGGGGCGGGCGGCUGCCUGCCGAGGCCGCAUCAUGUCCCGCCGGGGCUCACCGCGCUCCUCUACCCCGCAGCUCAUUCCAGCAGCGCCUGUCCUAUACCACGCUCAGCGACCUGGCCCUGGCGCUUCUCGACGGCACCGUGUUCGAAAUCGUGCAGGGGCUACUGGAGAUCCAGCACCUCACCGAAAAGAGCCUGUACAACCAGCGCCUGCGCCUACAGAACGAGCAUCGAGUGCUCAGGCAGGCGCUGCGGCAGAAGCACCAGGAAGCCCAGCAGGCCUGCCGGCCCCACAACCUGCCUGUGCUUCAGGCGGCUCAGCAGCGAGAACUAGAGGUGGUGGAGCACCGGAUCCGUGAGGAGCAGCGGGCGAUGGACCGGAAGAUCGUCCUGGAGCUGGACCGGAAGGUGGCUGACCAGCAGAGCACACUGGAGAAGGCGGGGGUGGCUGGCUUCUACGUGACCACCAACCCACAGGAGCUGAUGCUGCAGAUGAACCUGCUGGAACUCAUCUGGAAGCUGCAGCAGAGGGGCUGCUGGGCAGGGAAGGCAGCCCUGGGACUAGGAGGUCCCUGGCAGUUGCCUGCUGCCCUGUGUGAUCAGAAAGGCAGCCCUGUCCCACCAUAGCCACAGGCAGCAGAAGUCUGGGCAGAGUUCAUCUUCUUGACCUUUGGCCACUGCCUUCCCAGCUGCCUGCAGGGGGUUCCCCCUGCUGAGGAGAGGCCAGGUGGACCCCAGCUGCCUGUCACCCUUCAUCUGGGACUUGCUGUCAAACCCUAGGAUAGUCUCAUAAAGGGGAGGCUGGGCCAGCCUGCUGCUGUCUGCUUCAGGACCAGGCAGAGAGUGAGGCUGGGGGUUCUCACACCUUACUCCACGGGGCAUAUCCCAACCUGCACUGGGGCCCACCCAAGUGCUUGGUCUGGUCUCAGCCGCUCCCUUGGCAGCUGCAGCCCCCAUGCAGAAGAGGCUCCAAGGCCCAACUUCUGUGUGACCCAGAGAAAUAAAGAUGCCUCAGUGUGGCCCACA